AUGCCUAAUCUUCGAUUUUUUCGCCUUGGUGAAAAUCGUUGGCAUUGCGAUUGUCGUCUGAAAUGGAUGAAGCGGGCACUUAGUCGACAAUCGGCGAGCCUUGUCAAAUGCAUGAGACCUGCGUUCCUUCAAGGGCGCAGCAUAGAACAUGUCGACGAGUCUCUGAUGAAAUGUUCGGGAAUCGAGAAACGAGCCACAAUCUCGUGCUCCGAGACGCAUGUCUGUCCACCGGCUUGUACUUGCACAGAUGCCACUGUGGAUUGUAGAGAUCGCGGUCUUACACACAUCCCAGCAAACUUGCCCAGCUCCACUACUGAACUAGACCUCAGUAGGAAUUCAAUCGUCGAGGUCGCCCCACGAGCCUUUCAAGGACUCUACUCUCUCAAUUCCUUGGUGCUUUAUGGUAACAACCUGACUGAAUUGCCGGCGGAGGCUUUUGAAGGGCUCAACAGUUUGCAACUCCUUCUGUUGAACGCCAAUCAGCUGCAGUGUAUUCGGCAAGGAACGUUCGAUUCAUUAACGGAGCUCAACCUCUUGUCUCUUUACGACAAUCAGAUCAAGUCUAUCAGCAAUGAAACCUUUCACAAACUCCACAAAUUGCAGACAUUACAUCUAGCAAGAAAUCCCUUGAUCUGUGACUGUAAUCUGGAAUGGUUAGCUGAACUCCAAGAGGCUCGACACAUAGAGACAAGUGGAGCACGUUGCGAUGCACCAAAACGGGUCUCACGGAAACGUUUUGCUGCCUUACCACCUGCAAAAUUCCGAUGCAAAGGUAUAGAAGUUUAUCAGACGCAAGGAGCUGACGAAUGUUUCAUUGACGUCGACUGUCCGUCUCAAUGUACUUGCCACGAAACAGUUGUCGACUGCAGGGAUCUUUCCUCAAACAACAUCAUGACUAUUGACGAAGGCAGCCUAACCGAUAUGAAAUCCUUACGCGAAUUGUAG